CCAUGGAGAGAGAGAACGACUAGCCCCGAGGGGUUUUUCCUGUUGUUUAUUAUUAGGCAUUUUAAUAUGUCAUAAUACUAUAUUUAAAUGCUUGCGCAAUAUUUUUGCUAGAAUUGUACAAAUUACCUACUAUUAUAAUUAUGUUUGUAUGCAGUGAGUACCUACUUAGUUGCCUACUAAGUGUAAACAUCUCAAAGUUUCAGAUCAACAACUUUAAUUGAAAGUUUAUUAAAAUAGGUCUAUUCAUUAAGUCCUAUGCACACGGGCCGAAGACGCAUGCUUACGUACUAGUAUUAGAUAAACAAACGAGAUAAAUUCACGCGUGCGUCGCCGCGUUUAACUUACGCCGUGUGUACAGGCCUUUAGCAUGUUGUUUGUGUUUUAAAAUUGUUGAUACUGCGUCAUGACCUAAUGAAUCAUGGCCACCUUGACAAUGACUGAUAUGUAAACCAAUGUUCAAAUUCAUAGUGUUACAUCAGUUUCAUUAUUUUAUUUUAAAAGAGACAUGAAUGCAGAUUGCCUUGCGUGCCUAAUAUUUAACUCCCAUGUCCAGAUCUAUUAAGUUCCCAGCGAACAUACGAUUUUUAUUAUGAAUAAUUAUUAGCUUGACUAUACAAAAAAAAAACAAUCUUCCCUUUAAUUAAAGGGUACGACUUGAGAUCGUUUGCCACAGAAUCUAAUACCUACAAUCAGUUGGUAUUUAACUAUUUUGUUGCAGUGUUGACAGCUACGUCAUUGUGUUACGCAGUAGCGUUACCGACGGGAAGUUCACGGUGUUGGCCUGUUAAAUGAAUACCUACGUAAUGAUUACUGGAUCCACACCUAUUGAUACCAGUAACCACUCCCAUAUGACGUUAAACGUGUUUACGGUUUUAAAUUACUACUUAAGUAUGUACCUACAUUAAUUGAAAUUGAAUGAAUUAUUCAGAUAUUUACAUAAUAUUUUUCGAUUCUUACUUUUCUGUUAUUAAAUUCGCAAUGACAACAAUACUUAAAUCAUUGUUGAAUUAUAAAACUGUGUCAAGCGCUGAUAACCCAUUGUGAUGGGUGUUUGUAAUAUGACAAAUUCUGGCCGGCUUUCUUAUUUGUUUACACUGAAUAUGUGAAUGUAUUAAAAUAAACAUGUUACGUUAACGUGGGGGGAAAGAAGUGAAUCAUUGACUACGCAGGUUGUAUAUCCGUAACGAUAAUGUAGGUCUUACUGUUGGGUACCAGCCUAUGAAUGUGAGUCGAGGACGCGAUAAUUGGAAGCGGCCAAAUGAUCCGUUACAUUUCCUAAAAUAACGCCAUAGGGUAAACAGAUGCACCAGAUGUGUGUCAUCCGAUGUUAAUUACCGUCCCUAUAAAACAUGAACACGCGCUCAGCAUUGGAUAUAGAGGGAUUAGCCAUCACUGCAACAGUCAGCCUCCGAAUUUACCUGACACGACAAGUUUAACUGGCAUCAAGAUGUUCAGUUGCAGGAUCUUUUUAAUUCUAUUAUUCACUGUUACUUUAAUUAUCGUCACUGAUUCAAAGUCUUUGGAAGGUCCAAAGGAUAUUCGAAAUGAGAUAACCGCGGCUGCUGCAGGUGCUGAUGAAAUGAUGGAAACAGCGGAAGCUCAAAAUCCAUUUUUACCACGAUUCGCCAUGAAGGCACUGAGAAAGCGCAACGAACUAAGAGCUCAGAGAAGAAAGAACCCAGAGGAAACUAGAGUGCAUAGGCCGCUAUGGAAACCAUGUCGUCAAAGAUAUUAGAAAAAAUGAAGGCGUCUGUAAUUUUAUCUCUAAUAUUAGGCAUAAGUUGUGUUACUGCAAAAUCCGUUCUACAAGAUAUAAUUACGGGGGAAAAUGAAAAAUCUUUACCGGAAAAUAAGGACAUUAAGCCAGAAGAAAAUACAACCCAAACUGGACUACUUGAAAGUGAAGUGGAAACGAAUGAAGAGUUUAUGCCCAUAAUUGGCACUGGUAAUAACAUAAAAAGCUAUGGCGAUGGUGAAAUUGACUUACUUAUUGAAGAAGAAUUAACGCCGUUAGACGAAGACACCUUAGACUCCCAGAACGCAAUCAAAACUGACGAUGAAGACUAUCUAUCUGGCGACAGAUAUGUUGACAACAUCCUAGGUGACAGGAUUAAAGAUGAAAUUAUGGAGACCGCCGCAGGAUUCGCCCCAAUUCCACUCGUGUUUAGGAAGAGACAAAGGAUGCCCCCGAGGCGACGGUUUACUAUCCGAAGACAAUAUCAAAGGUACCCCUUCUCGCCGUACAGGAGAUAUCAAAACUUUUACCCCUACUACUCAUAUUAUCGCCCAAGCUCUCUUAGAUUCUAUAGAUAUUAAUUUUGAUACAUUAUGUGUAACUUAUUGUAAUUUAUUUAUAUUAUUUAUUAAAUAAAAAUACGAAAAUACUGAUCGAUUUUCAAUUUAUUUCUACAAAAUCUAUAAGCACAAAUGCCUUACCAACAAGAUUAAUUCAGUAUCAUUUUAGACAUUAAUUUAAUUAUUUACAAUAACUGUAAUCUGGUUAUUUACUUAAAUUAGGAAACAAAUAUUGUACACUAAAUUGUAUUAUAUUCAUGGCCAUUGUUUUAAGUGUUAUUUUCGUUAACAACAAUAGAUGGAAUCGUAAAUCAUCUUUUUACAUCAAUAUGUAAAGUAUGACACAAAUAUGAUAUUGAAAUAUAUUUAAUCACAAACUU